AUGUACUCUUUAGAUCAAAACCCGCUGGGAAAGGUGCCUGCCCUUAGGGAUGGUGACUUCAGGCUGGCUGAGAGUGUGGCCAUUCUCCUGUAUUUGAGCCGCAAGUUCCAGCCAGCUGAACACUGGUACCCGCCAGGGCUGCAGGCCCGUGCCCGCGUGGAUGAGUACCUAGCAUGGCAGCACAGUGCCAUCCAGCUGCCCGCCACCAAUGUCUACCUGUGCAAGUCCCUCCUGCCCUACUUCUCGGGGCAGCCUGUGGACUCGGCGAAGCUGGAGACCCUGCUGGGGAGGCUGGAGCCAUCUCUGGAGCACCUGGACCAGAAAGUCCUGACUGCUCGACCCUUCUUGGCCACUGACCAGAUCUCCUUGGCUGAUCUGGUGGUGUUCUCAGAGCUGAUGCGGCCCACUGCUGUAGGCUGUGAUGUCUUCCGAGACCGACCCCACCUGUCAGCAUGGAGGGCCCGUGUGGAGGCUGCCCUAGGCCCCGAGCUUGUCCAGGAGGCACACAAGCUUGUGCUCCAGCCACGGGACCCCCAGGAGACCCGCCGGGACCCCCAGGUGGCCCAGGAGCUUGUUAAGCGUCUGCAGGAGCGACUCCGCUGA